AUUAACGUCGCAACGUCUGCGGCAAUCAUGCCACUUUGACACAUUCAAUAUGGCAUGGCAGUGACGUUUACGUACAAUAACGAAGCAUUCCAAAGGGCGGAGUAAUUUUAUGUCUAUGGCGAGUUCCAUUUGUGUACGACUGAAAUUCGUCCGGCGGAAGUUGGGACCUUGGCCUUGUUACAAAAGAAAUGGCGAGCGGCAUAGGCAAACAUAAGAUUCUGAAUGUGGGGCCGACGGAGCCAUGGUCAGUCAGGGAGAAACUGUGCCUGGCUUCCUCUGUUAUGAGGAGUGGUGACCAAAACUGGGUGUCUGUAAGUAGAGCCAUCAAGCCUUUCUCUGAGCCCGGUCGACCACCUGACUGGUUCUCACAAAAGCAUUGUGCCUCGCAAUACUCUGAGCUGCUGGAAGCCACAGAAGCCCCUAAACGUAAGCGUGGUGAGAAGGGGGAGGUGGUUGAGACCAUUGAAGAUGUAAUUGUUCGUAGACUGACUACUGAGAGGAUAGAGGAGCUGAAAAAACUAUUACGAGACACGCAAGAACAAUACAGGAAGUUGAAAAAGGAAGUAGAUCUAAUACAGACAGGUCACAUGGACCCCCAGCUGAAAGACCAGUGGGCAGAGAUAACAUUAAAGAAGAAGCAGGAUGAGGAGGAGGCAGAGCAGAAGAGAAAAGCAACAGAAAUGGCAUAUCAAGCUCGUCAGGCAAUCAAAAACACACCCAAGCGUCUGCCCAGUGUCACUGUUCGGUCCCCUUUGGGGACCAGUCCCACGAACCUGGAAUCUCAGAUGGAUGCAUCGGCUCCCCCGCCACCCACGGAACCCGCAGGCGUUGUCUCAGAUGACACCAGCACCCACUCUGUUCAAGGUGUAGGUUUUUUUCUCCCAGUGACAGAAGCUCCAGGCCCAGGACCUAAAGACGGAGGCCUUACCCUUCUUGUAGAGGACACCUCACAGAAGAGGCUCCUGCCUCAGAAAGCUACACCGCCACCCUCUCCUCUCCUGUCGGAACUGCUGAAAAAAGGCAACCACAUCUCAGCCAGCCCCUGCCUUGUUACUGACGGCGACUCCUCUGGAAGUCUUAGCAAUGGAAUACAGACGUCUGCUGUUGUCACCACCCCAUUACCACCGGACCAUGAUGUCGUGACAGUGGGGGAAGUUGAAGCUGCAGAGAAGGCAGAGCUUGGUGAAGAGACGGGAUUAGUCGAAGAAGACCUUGUCGCUGUCUCUUACAUGGGAGAUGAACUAGAUCUGGAAACCGUAGGCGACAUCAUCGCCAUCAUUGAGGAAAAGGUGGAUGAUUCGGUGGAGGCUUUGGACGCAGCAGCAGUGGAAGCAGCACUGUCUCUGUGUGAAGAGGCCGUCUCAGAAGGACACACCCUGCCCGGCCCCUGGGAAACUCAGGAACUAAAGGAAUCAGACUCAACAUCCACUGCCCAAGACUCUGAGCACAUACAGGAGGAUUGCGAUGUGGCCGCACUGUCUGUCCCCACCCCUGUGAGCCCGCAUGGCCAAAAUCAACCCGAAACGACAAGCACAGAGGAGCAGGUCAAGGGAAACUGUGAGCCAGCUGUGACUGAAAAUGACAUCACUUUGUGUGGCACCUCUGAAUAUGUUGCUGCUGGAGGUGAUGAGACAGAAGAGAGGAACGUAGGGAAGGUGGACACAAAUCUUGUCGUGAAGAGUGAAGUGGAGGAGUGGAACCAGCCCGAGGUGAACCCACCAUGCCUAGAUUCCGAGGACAGUUCUGUAUCUGGCAGAGAGUCCAAGGAGGUGAAAGAUGAGGAAGCAGGGAGCGAGUGUGAUCCUGAAGAAGGGAUGGAGCUGAAAGAGGAGUGCGGCGAGGGCGAGGGCGAGGGCCCCUAUUUGUCAGAAGUGGAGCGAGCAGCCAGCGAGAGUGAAGAUGGUUAUGGGCCGCCCUCUCAGCGCUACACAGCCGAUUCACUGGCCAGCAGCCCUGCCUCUUCCUCCCAGCUGUCUACAUGUGGUGAGGACCAAGAGGCUGUACAGGCCCAGAAAAUUUGGAAGAAAGCCAUAAUGCUGGUUUGGAGAGCUGCGGCUAACCACAGAUAUGCCAGUGUCUUCUUGCAGCCUGUGUCAGAUGAUAUCGCUCCUGGUUACCACAGCAUUGUACACAGACCGAUGGACCUAUCUGCAAUUAAGAAGAAUAUCGAAUCCGGCGUGAUCCGUACAACAGCAGAAUUCCAGCGGGACAUCAUGCUGAUGUUUCAGAAUGCCGUCAUGUACAACUCAUCAGACCACGACGUCUACCACAUGGCUCUGGAGAUGCAGCGUGACGUCCUGGAGCACGUGCAGCAGUUCCUGGCCACACAGCUCAUCAUGCAGACCUCAGAGAGCGCCAUCUCCGCCAAGAGCCUUCGUGGCAGGGAGGGAAAUCGCAAACCUGGCGAGCCAGCUGAGAAGGACAUGGUCCCAAUGGCCUCUCCUGCUUUCCUUCUCUCUCUCUUUGAUGGCGGCACCAGGGGUCGCCGUAGUGCAAUGGAGGCUGACCUGAAAAUGAAGAAAUAGACUUGAGCAAGACCCCCCUGAAGGCAAAAGAGGAAAUGUGUGGCUUUGGUCUCGUAGUUCAGUUGAGAGAGGUGUUCAGUGUGUGGGCCUAUCGUGUAUUAGCACCUGUGCUAGUGCAUUUCUUCUUUUCUGUAGAUGAGCAUACGGUACGUGUGGAUGUGUCGAUGUCUUUCCAUAGAGCGGCAUCUUUUUUUCUUUUUUUUUACCUUCUGCAGUUGGCCUGUAGGACCAUAUUCAAAUAUCUCCCUUGGUGGUGCAUUCAGAGACGGUUGAGAUUGCGGCAAAACAUUGGAAAGAAACUUGACUUAUUACUGUGAAAUUGGAAGACUUUUCCUGCUCAAUCACUUUUCUUUAUUUUUUUUUUUCACCUGUUGACUUGAAUUUUGUUGUCGGUUUAGAAGCAAAGGUGUUCAGCUUUUCUAUGUGUCCUCUGGGGGGAGGGGGGUUCCCCAUUGUUUGUAAUACAGUAUUUAUUUUUUAAUGGGUUUUAGGGAAGUCAUGGCUUUUGAGUUGCUCAUUGGAAGUUGUCCAUCGUAGCAAAAUGUAAAUAACCAUCAUUUAGCACUGUUAAGUGCCAAUGUUGUUUUGUUUUUUUACAUUAUGUUCAGUUGUUGACUCCCAUUCUCUUCAGUGUCAGUGAAUGCACCACCACAGUUUCUAGAUGAACAGUCCAUGUCUUCGAGAUACGGUGGUGUUCAAAAUACUCGAUUUAUCAUCAACGGUAACUAGGGCUGAACAAUUUUGAAAAAUUAUGGAAUAGAACUUUUUUCAUCCUCGAUACUGCAAUCGUGAUUUAGUAUGCAUUUUUUUUUCCAAGGGUCUCAUGUCCCAUGUACUUUAUAUUUGUUUCGAUCAACACGAGCAAUAAAUUCAUCUCCAUUACAAAUUAAUGAUCACAUUUAUGAUACAUAAAUGUUUUAGUCUUAUAGGUCAGGCUUGCGCUUAAUUACCACCACAACAACAAAUAUGAAAGUUGACUUGCAGUCUUUAAAGUGUCCGCUAAAACUUCACAAAAUUCUACCGCACAGGUGUGGAAUAAAAACACUUCAGUAAGUCAGUAGUCAAAUUACAACAAUAUGUAACCAUGUGGAUGGCAUGUAUUAAGCAAUGAAUCUAGGCACUGAAAAAUAAAAAGAUACAUACCUAUUGAAAAAGCUUCUGACCAAAAUCGCUGCAGCUUUUUGUUGUUGUUGUUGUUGUUGUUUAUUCCCAAAUUGCAGCCAUUGCGCAUUGAGAAUUACAUUCAGCAAUGCCGAUUUGAAUUUGAGUCAUUGCUCUGGCCUAGCUGCAACGAUGCCAAGACAUUUUUCAACUACGUAAAGGAAAGUGAGUAGAAGCCAGAGAUGCAUCCCCGGUCAAAAAUGAAAUUAGUCAAACUUUGUUGGAGGAGGAGUCGAAAGCGGAGUUAAGUUUUGUCAAGCCAGUUUUGCUGUACUAGUCGCUUAAGAUGUUGCCAGAAUUUGUGGCGUGAUCUAAGACAGCUUGUGUAAUGUGUUCUAGAUGAAAGCAAAAAAAAUAAAUAAAACAACGUUUUGUGCCCACAUGAUGGUACCAUUUACAGUUUGUGUUUGGGUAGCAGAUCCAUGUAUCAUAUGUUUUGUUGUACAUUUGUUAAAUAAAAGAUUUGUUUUAAACUA